UUUUAAGACUUGUUGCUAUAGCACUGAAUAAAAGUCAUAAUAAUGACUGGAGUUUUUCAAAUCAUUUCAAAAUAUUAGAAAAAUUAAACUGUGCGGGUAGGAAGACAUUAGUCGGAGAAAAAACACCUUUUACCUUGUGCUGUGUUUGUAUAAAAUAAAUAAAAGAAGAAGUGGACUCGAAAGACUUGAAACUAGCAAACAUAAGUUGAGUGCAUUUUGAUAUUGCUAUACAAUAACAACCAAACCAACACUUCCAACAUGUGCAACGCCAUUCGUUCUUCGAAUGCACGUCUGUUGACAUCAUUUAAGUCGCCUCCAAACGUUGUUAUUGCCGGUGGCACUGGAGGAAUUGGUCGAGCCAUUGCCAUAUCGAUUGCACAACAUUGUCCAUCUGCCAGCAUAACGAUUAUUGGUCGAAAUGAAGCAGCCGCCAAUGAAUUUCUUCCGAAAUUUAGUUCCAAAUCCCGAUUUCUGCGAGCUGAUGUAUCAUUAUUGUCUGAGAUUCGUACAGUCACAAAGCAAAUUCCAGCUGUAGACAUUCUUAUUAUGACUCAAGGAAUUUUAACGAUGGCUGGAUUUACGCCAACAGCCGAAAACAUAGAUAACAAACUUGCCUUACAUUACUACGGUAGAAUGUUGUUCGUACACGAACUACUUCCCCUCCUUCGAUCGUCAGAGAACGGCGGAAAAGUUCUUUUCGUAUUAGAUGGGGUGAACGGAAAUCCGUCCAAAAUCAAUUGGGAUGACAUGGCACUGGAAAACUCGUACAGUUUAUCAGGUGCGGCUAAUCAUGCCAUCACUUUCACUGACAUCAUCAUACAGCACUUAGCGUCACAACCGGAAAAUGCUAGUGUUACAUUCACGCAUGCAUUUCCCGGUGCUGUUCGUACAUCAUUGGGAGAUAAUCUACCGUUUUAUGCUCGAAUUCCGUUAAAAGGUCUGAUGAAAUUAGGAGUUGGAACUAGUGCAGAAACUUGUGCUGAAUAUAUGGUACAUGGUAUGCUAGGUACAGCAAGCGGCUCGCGAUGCAUAGAUAAUAAAGGCGAAACGGUUGAAAAGAAGAAGCCGGUGACGGAGGAUAUGAUGCAAAAAGUUUGGGACCAUACGUCUAAGAUGUUUUCGAAAGGUGGAAACUAAUUUCGAUUUCGCUAAUUUAUUUAACGCAUUUAAUCCAUCAAAUUCUAAUUUAUGUGUAUUUUCACGGGGCCACGGGUAAUUUUAUAAGUUCAAGCCAAAAAGCAUCAAUUGUUAUUUGCGUACGUAAUAAAUGUGAUGAUAUGACUAAUAAAAAAGCAUUGUCGUAAA